AUGGUUCCUCUUAUGCUAGACGAACACAAAGAAGUCAACCAUCCAGAGAAAAAUGCCCAGAUUCUAGCACGAAAAAUGAUCCGAACUACGGAACACCACCACCACAAAUUUUCAGUCCGAUUGAACUUUCGAAAGCCAACUCUGACUAUCAGAAUAAUUCGUGACUCGGUGCAAUUACAGGCUUUCGAACAUACGACAUCAUACGACGAGUCCAUCAGUGGUUACAUGCGAAGACAGUUGACCGUGAACGGUGAACGUUGCAUUCCACUGAGAUACGGUACUAAUCCUCAUCAAAAAGAUGAUGCUGAGCUGUACAUUCGUAAUCGAGAAAUGCCACUCAAAGUUCUGAAUGGUGCUCCGGGCUACAUCAAUAUAUUGGAUGCGUUGAAUGCAUGGCAGCUGGUCAGCGAGUUGAAACAGGCCACAGGUCUUCCGGCAGCCUCUUCGUUCAAGCAUGUCAGUCCGGCUGGUGCGGCUAUUGGAACCCCCCUGAAUGCAUCCGAAGCGGCCUCGUGUAUGGUUGCAGAUCUGGCGUUGAGCACAAAGCAUCCAUCGUUAGCCGCAGCAUACGCUAGAGCUCGAGGAUACAAGAACUUAUUGGUCGAUCCGCAGUAUAUGCCAUCAGAGACCGAGGAGAGAACCAUAUUCGGUUUGCGUCUCAAGCAAAAACGUAAUACGGCCGUAGUUAGCGCUGAAACUUUCAAAAAUAUCGUUUCAAAGUCUAAAGAGCUGCCACAAUCAGCUGUUAACGACUUGAUUGUAGCAACAAUUGCUGUCAAAUAUACCCAAUCGAACAGUGUAUGCUUCGCUCAUCGUGGACAAGUAAUCAGCUUUGUUUAA